GUCUGAAGUUCUUUGUCGUUUAGAUUUCUGUCUUGCGAGGAGGCUAUUUCAGCUUUGUCGAGGGGAAGAUACUGUACUGCCUAUUCCUCAGCUAUGCCUUCUUCUUCUUCUUCCCUUUCCGCUCCUUCGUUCGAUUAGAACCUACCGAUUGCGUAUUCUUUUUGCUGUGCCUCGAUUUGUGAACAUUACGCACGUACUUUGCGUUUUGAAACCAAAGACUUUAUUCUCCUGGAAGAAUUUCAACGCCCCAGCAGCAGAAAUUGGAAAAUUUAGACUAUUUAGAUCAUCUUAGGAGGACGAGAUGCAUCGCGUGGGAAGGUGGCUCGAUCGCAGCCGGUCUGCAGCCACUGCAUCUACCCGAAGCCUGGAUUCUCUCGAAGAGUCACAGAACCUGGAAACCGCGCUCCGAGCUGUAGAGCUCGUGUUGAAUGAUGAUAUAGCCGGGGCGGAGAAGGGCCUUGCAGAAGGAACCUCGUCAUUUCACAGACUCGCACAAGGCACACUUGCUUUCAUGAAGGCUACUUUGGGGUUUGAGCAGGAAGUUAUGAAGGAAGCAUCCGAGACUCUUGCAGAAGCCGAGUCGAGUGCUUCCACAAGUUAUCACAAGGCACAGCGUGAUACUCGGGUAUUCAACUCCAACAUAUAUGAAAGGGGUUCAGAGUUCGCACUUUGCCAGGCAGAGGCACAGAUCAUGUCUGCUGUGGUUGCUGUUUUGAACGAGAGUCUGACAGAAUCCAUACGAGGAUUUUACAAAUUGAGAAAGGCGUAUAUGACACUUGACAGCCUUGUGCAAAUGGAAGUGGCAUACAUGAAAGCACGUGGAGUAAAAAGUCUGGCAAAUUCGAGAACACAGUCGGUGGAGAGUUUACCCUCGGCAGCUUCAGCGAAGUCCAGUCAGUCCAACUUGGUCGGGAAAGAUGCAACGCUGGGCAAAAAGCCUGCGGACCAGCUUGCUUCUAGUCAACCAGCCAAUCCUUCUGGUCUGCGAAAUGCUGAGAUCGUCGACCCAGCGUCAGACGAAGACCCGGAAGAAGAAGAAUUUCACGAAGUGGAUGUGAUACAUGAGCAGAAUCCCGUGACGGAGGGCUAUACUGGUCAUCUGGAGGUGACUGAGGCAUCGGAGGACAUGGCAGAGCUCGACCGUAACAUAGAUCGACUGAACCUGAGCCAUCAUGUCGACGAGUUGCACGCUGAGGGAGUCAUGAAGCCUCCACCUCCGACAACACUUGGGAUGCUCACAGAAGAUGCUGACUCUGAUACUUUCUCCAACUCGCUCGACGUGUUCAUUCAUUCUGGCACAAAUCUGAUGUCGGGCAUACUGUCUCUUCUUAUCUCAAUCAUCCCACCGGCAUUCAGCAAGCUUCUAUACAUCAUUGGCUUCCGUGGUGAUCGGGAGCGAGGAAUCCACAUGUUGUGGCAAGCUAGCAAAUUUUCAAACAUCAACGGUGGUAUGGCCAGCUUGGUUCUUUUUGGAUGGUAUAACGGACUGGUUGGCUUUUGCGACAUUGUCUCCGAUUCGGACCCUGCAGACCCAGAGGAUGUUGAAGGCUACCCGGGUCAGCGAUUGGAGGUUUUGCUGGCGGAAAUGCGCAAAAGAUACCCUCAGAGUAACUUAUGGCUCGUUGAAGAAGCCAGAAUGGCAGCUUCACACAGACAGCUUGAUAAAGCUCUCGAUAUCCUUUCAAGUUCGGGGAAGAGUCAGCUCAAGCAGAUUGAAGCUUUGCACAUGUUCGAAAAGAGCCUGAGCUCCAUGAAUGCUCACCGAUACGAGCUCUGUGCAUCAUCCUUCCUUGCUUGUGUCGAUCUCAAUGCUUGGUCACGGGGACUCUAUUAUUACAUUGCUGGUGCCGCACAUCUGAGUAUGUAUCGAUACGACAAGACUUUGACAAACGAGGAGGCGCAGAAACAUGCAAAACUUGCGGAGGAGUAUUUCAGAACUGCCCCGACCAAAGUUGGUAAAAAGAAAAUGAUGGGAAGGCAGCUUCCAUUUGAUGCCUUUGUGGUCCGCAAAAUGGCAAAGUGGGAGGAACGGGCGACGAGGUUCAAUUGCAGCUUUAUUGAUGCUAUAGGAGUAAGUCCUCUCGAUGAGAUGAUCUUCUUAUGGGCAGGAUAUAAGAAGAUGGACGAGGCGAGGCUGCAAAAGUCGCUCGACAAUCUCUCAUGGUCAGAAUCCUCGCCACGGUGGGAGCGUGAAGAUGUUGACGAACAAGCAAUCCUCGCCAUUCUCCGAUCUGUCAUCCUGCGGAACCUUCGUCGACACGAUGAGUCCAAGGAAAUCCUGCAGCAGCACGUUUUGAAUCAUAGCACAUUCGACUUCAAAGGUCAGAACAAGGACGACUGGGUUGCUCCGACGGCACAUCACGAGAUGGCUGUCAAUCUCUGGAUGCAGCGGACCGGUUACCGGCCUACACAUGGGAGCGAGCCUACAGUCAGUCGCGACGAGCCGACGACGUCGGUGGAUCUGACCCGUGAUGCCGUGUUGGUCCAGCAGUGCAAGACACAUUUGGAGAAGGCCAAGAACUGGGAGAAAUACGAACUCGAGGCACGCUUAGGGUUGAAGAUCACGGCUGCUCUUAACGCAGUCAAGCAUUGGGAAGAGAAGCAUGGGGAUGCAAGUAAGUAAGAAGAGGUUACGAAGUCAAGUCUUGUAGGUCGAAUGAUGAUGGAUCGUGGAGCCGAAGCAAGUGUACAGGUCAUGUUUUAGUCUUGAAUCGGAGCGCCAGAAAGUGAGUGCCUUCGAGCGGCGUUUCAUAGUAGGCGGGAAUUUCCUCGAAACCAAAUGCUCGGUACAUACUGAGUGCCGCGAGCAUACUGGGCAAAGUAUCCAGCCUGAUCUCAGAAUAAUCCAGUCGACGUGCCGCGGCGAUGAUCCCCGACGCCAGCGCCUUGCCAACCCCGGUGCCUCGCCCCGACGGCGUGACAUAUAACCGCUUCAUCUCACAUAUUCGAGCAUCAUUGGCAACCGCGGAUGGCAAGGGCCGCAAACCCACACAGCCAAUUGGCAGACCCUGGUUGUUUCGAGCGAGUAACAGUUCGCCCGUCGGCGGAGAGUACUUUCCAGGCAUUCCGGCCAUCUCGGCAUCAAAGUUCUGGAAGGCCAGGUCGAUCCCAAGGCUGUCGGCAUAUGCAUAGAACAAUGUGAUGGCGUCCUUGACCUCAGCCGGCGUCCGCACAGGCGUGAUGGUGAAUGCUUGUUCAACCAUGGCGGGCAAGGCAGGCAGGGCCACGCCGCCAAUUGGCGAAUAUGCUGGUGAUUUCAGUCGACAGCGGUUGGUUGGUUGGUAGUGAACGAGAAUGAAUGGCUACCUCGACGGUGGACUGACCGACUUCGUGUUGAGAAGGCUCUGGGGAGGAAGUGUUGGUGUUGGGUGUGACAAACAGAAAUCGGCCGAAAUCGGGGACGGCGCUUUUGGACGGUGUCGUGUGCUUUUUUCAGUUUCAGUUCUUCCGUGGACGAAGUACCUAGCUGGUACUGUAGUAAAUGCUUAGCAAUGGU